AUGUUUUCACUUAUAUGCAGUCACUCUCAUAAGAUUUCUCAGAAAAGUCAAAUCAACGACCUUAUGCUUUUGAGAUUGGCACGGUUCGGGGCCAGAAUUCGCCCCCUCAGGCUUGCCGGCGUGCGGAAUCUUGCUCAGUAUCCUCCAGAAAUCAACCUUGAUGGAAAAACUUACAAAACCGACGAGUGGACAAAUGUUCCACCAUUCAUUCUCGAGUUGACCAAACGCCAAUUGCACCAGGAUCCCAACCAUCCCAUCGGAAUACUUCGCGAUCUAAUAGAGACAAACUUCAGGGACAUGGGCUACACAUUCUACAACGAUUUCAAGCCGGUAGUCACCACAUAUGAAAAUUUCGAUGUUCUUGGAUUUCCUCAAGACCAUCCUGGACGAAGCAAAUCCGACACUUAUUACCUCAAUGGCGAACACUUGCUUCGUACUCACACCUCGGCACACGAGCAGCAGUGUUUCCAGUCUUGCAAGACACCAGGGUAUCUUAUUACUGCCGACGUUUAUCGGAAAGAUGAGAUCGACCGCACCCAUUAUCCAGCUUUUCACCAAAUGGAGGGUGCGAGAAUAUGGUCCAAAAACACGCCCAACUUGGAACAAGUGAUUCGAGAAGACAUAGAACGGAUCCCCAAGACAAACAUCAUCGUUGAGGAUCCUUUUAGAGAUGUUCCUUUCAAUGCUGAAAACCCCAAACAGGCAUAUAUGACGAACACCGAGUGCCAGUUGAUUGCCGAGCACUUGAAAAAGACUUUAGAGUAUAUGGUGAAUCAGGUUUUCGAGGCGGCUCGAGAAUCGGCUAGACUCGCAGGGUCUACCGAAGAGUACCUCAAUGAGCCUUUGAAGGUGCGCUGGGUCGAGGCAUACUUUCCCUGGACCAGUCCUUCGUGGGAGAUCGAAGUGUGGUGGAAAGGAGAAUGGUUGGAGUGCUGUGGAUGUGGUCUAGUCAAGCAGAAUGUGCUCUUGAAUUCUCAAUUGGGUGAAGAUAAACUAGGAUGGGCGUUUGGAGUUGGUUUGGACAGAAUUGCAAUGCUUCUUUUCGGAAUCCCAGACAUUAGACUUUUCUGGUCUGUCGAUGAAAGGUUCACUCGACAAUUUGAAAGAGGCAAGAUUUCGACAUUUUCUCCCUACUCCAAGUUUCCUGGAAUCACUAGGGAUGUGUCGUUCUGGCUCCCUUCAAACUCUCCGCUCCACCAGAACGAUGUCAUGGAAAUUGUUAGAGGCCAUAGUAGCGACUUGGUGGAGAGCGUUUCUCUCGUAGACGACUUUACCCAUCCCAAAAGUGGAAAACGGUCCCAAUGCUACAGGAUUAACUACCAGUCUAUGGAACGCAAUCUUACCAACCAGGAAAUCAACUCCAUUCAGACCAAAGUCGAAGACGAUUUGAAACUGUACCACAAGGUGGAAAUUAGAUAG